CAUUUAAAAAUAAAUAAUUAUUUUAUUGUUUACACCUUAUUUCAAAUAAACGUUAACAAUGAUAAAUUUUAUUUAUUUAUAGCCACUAGGAGAUCGAUAUAGGCAACCCAUCGAACCCUUUUAAAUCUAUAUGGAAGAUCUUCCAUUGAAUUGUGCAGAAUCUAUUCUUGGUAGAAUGAGGAAUGAAAGCGACAGGAUGUUAAGCUUCCAGAAAUGCACCAAUAUUUAUAUCAAAGCAGAUCUAAUGGCCAAAGCAGGAUUUUUCUAUAAUGGACAGGAUACUGUUCAAUGUCCAUUUUGCAAGGGUGUAUUAGGAAGGUGGGAACCUGGAGAUGUACCUUUGGAAGAGCAUCGAAGACAUUUUCCUCAUUGUCCUUUUAUUUUAGAUUUAGAGGAUGAACCAAAUCCUAUGUACAAUUGUAAUGCCUUUUUGAACCCUGAUGACGGGCACAACUUUAUUAAUGAAUCAAUUACUAAUAAUAUCAAUUGCACAAUACAACCCAUAAAAGAUCAAAGUGAGAUUUUGAAACUUAGUCAGGUUAAAAAUUUGUUUUUUACAUCUUAUGACUCUCGUUUUGAAACAUUUGCUUGUUGGCCUUUAAGUUCAUCCUUGGAACCUUCCAAAAUGGCAGAUGCUGGUUUUUAUUAUUUGGGUUAUCAAGAUUAUGUUAAAUGCUUUUAUUGUGAUGGGGGCCUUAGAAAUUGGAAAAUUGAUCAUGACCCCUGGAUUGAACAUGCCAAAUGGUUUUCGAAGUGUCCUUUUAUAGAAAUUGUUAAGGGUGAAAAGUUUGUACAAGAUGUCAAUAUCAAUUAUAUCAACAAAGCAGAAAAUACAAAAGAACACAAUAUUGUUGAAGAGGAUGAAAAAACUGCUGCGAACAAACAAGCUUCUAAUGCUGUUCCAAAUACUAACCUUCAAUCUAAUAUCGACAACGAGAUGAACAAACCGAUGGUCAAGUCCAUCCUCGCCAUAGGGGUCCCCAAAGACACGAUAUUUAACGCCAUCUACUCUUAUUACAAAAAUGGGAUUACUUUUGAAUCGUCGGAGGCCCUUCUCAAAGCCAUCUCCAAGAAAAACAGCAGUGCGUUCGAUACAAAUCCUUCCUCCCAGAAUUCCACCAUCACGUUAACCCCUACGCAGACUCCAGAUUCUUUGAAUUUUGCCUCCGACGCGCAGAUCAUCUUGGACAAUACCCCUAAAUCAAAUAAAUUGCAAAGGCUGGAAAGCGAGAACAAGCUCCUCAAGGAACAAAGAUUUUGCAAAAUAUGCCUGGAGAACGAGGUCGAGGUCGUUUUCAUCAACUGCGGCCAUUUUGCUUCCUGUUCCAGGUGCGCUUUGAUGUUGAACACGUGUCCUAUCUGCAGGGAAGACAUCAGGGGAACCGUCAGAACUUAUUUAUCAUAAACCUUUUUCUCCUCUUUUAAAUCCCCAUGUUUUUUUUGUUCUCAUGUCUCAGAUAUCGAUCUGUCUCCUAAGAAAAAAUUAUUUUAUAUAUUCAUCAUUUUUUAAAAAAAAUUUCUUUAAAUCCUCUCCUUAGCAAAUUUUCCUGGCUUAGCAACCCACGUGACUACUUUAUCAUUGCUUUUAAAAUGCAUAUAUGUAUAUUUUCCCAGGGACAGUGGGCCUCAUCUCUUAUACCCUGAAGACAUUUUAAGUUUAUACUCAAUAAUGAUUUAUUUUAUAAGUUCCCUGAAUUUAAUGCGUUUUUUUAAUAUAAUGAUCUAAUCGUAAGCUGGUAGGAUAACAGGGAAGGAGAAAGGUUAUUAAUGAAUCUCUUAAUUGCCACGUAUUUCUUUUUUUGUAUUAAUUCGAUAUUAUCCAUGGGAAAUCAAACAAAUACUUUCUUUUAAGUAUGUAUAUAAAUAAUUAUUUUCGUGAAAAGUAGGAUAAUUUUUUUAUAUAAUAUUUUAUUUUUUUAAAAAAAAUUACAUUAAAAUAUAUUAAAAUAUAAGUUGGGCUAAUGUAUUUCAGGCUAUUUUUUUUUAUAUCAUGUAUAAUUUUAUAUAUAUUUAAAAUCAUUUUUUAAAAGAAACAUUUAAUUCCAUAUUUUAUAAAUUAUUAUAAAUGAUGCAUUAAAAUUACUACUAAAUAAAAAACAAUUCAUAUAUUAUUAUAACGGAAAAAAAAAUUUUUUUUAUAAUAAAUCUUAAAGAGACCAAUAUUCCUUGGGAAAUUUUUUUUGGAAUACAAGAAAAAUAAUCAUUUUAAUUUGUUAGAUUUUCGUAUAUGACAAACUAUACUACUAGACUUCGGUAGAUUAGGAGAGAACUUAACAGAAAUUGCAGAUGAGCAGGGGCAUCCAAUAGAAAUAGGGGAAAUUUUUGGACCAAUUAAAUUAUACACACGCAUUUAUUUUUUGUAUAUCGAAAUAUCGACCCACUUAUUAGUUUGCGUCGAAUUUAUUAUAUUAUAAUAUGUUUAUGUUUUUUUAAAAGAGAAAAUAUUUAUUAAUUUUAUAUUUUUGGAGAAAUUUGCAUUUUAUAUAUAUGUGUAUAUAUAUAACUAUUUGUUCGUGA